GCUUUAACCCCUAACCCACUCUUCGUCCACCCUGCCCCAGCCGCCGCCGCCGCCGCGCCGCCCACUCGGCCACGGCGACGCCCAUGGCCACCACCGCGACUACGCGCCGAAGGCCGCGGCGGGGCUCCAAGGGCCCCAACUCGGACCUCUCCCGCACUCUCACUGACUGCACCCGCCGAGGGGACGCCGCUGCCGCCAUGGCCGCAUUCGACGCCGCCGACUUCGACCCCGACGCGGCCUCUGCCCCUACCCGCCUCGCUGCUCACCAGUACAACCAGCUCCUCCACCUACUCGCCACCGCCGACCGCUCCUCGUUCCCCAACCCCGCCGCCGCCGCACGCCGUGUCUUCGCCCACAUGCUCCGGGUCGGCGCCGCCCCGUCCGAGGCCACCAUCACCUCGCUCGCCCGCGUCACCUCCUCCGACGCCGCCAACCCCGCGGCUGCCGACCAGGCAUUCGAGCUCGUCGCGACCAUGAAGGAGAAGCACGGCCUCGCCCCGCGCCUCCGUUCCUACAGCCCCGUGCUGGCGGCGUUCCGUCGAGCCGGGGAGGCCGCGAAGGCCUACGCCGUAGAGGCCCACAUGGCAGCCUCCGGUGUCUUGCCUGAGGAGCCCGAGCUUGCCGUACUCCUAGACGUCAGCUCGAGCGCCGGGGACGCGGACAAGGUGUAUGAAUAUAUGCACAAGCUGAGGCACGCAGUGGACUGCGUGAGCAAGGAGACGGCAGCGGUGGUGGAGGGUUGGUUCAGGAGUGAGAAGGCCGCGAUGGCCGGUAAGAGUGAGUGGGACGUCCCUCAGGUGAAGGACGCCAUUGUGGCGAACGGUGGUGGGUGCCAUCGGCUUGGGUGGCUUGGAAGCGGCCCGUGGACGGUGCAGCGGGUGAGAGUUGGGGCAGAUGGUGAGUGUGAGGGGUGUGGAUGCCGGCUAGCUUGUAUUGAUAUUGACAUGGAGGAGACACAGAGGUUUGCUGAUUCUGUUGCUGGUUUGGCCCUUGAGAGGGAGACGAGAACAAAUUUCAGCUGUUUUCAGGAAUGGUUGGAAGCACAUAAAGAAUAUGAAGCUAUAGUCGACGGUGCAAAUAUUGCACUGUAUCAACAAAAUUUUGCGGAGGGUGGUUUCAGUUUGACUCAGUUGGAUGCUGUUAUAACAGAGCUACGGGAUGUACAUAGUGGGAAAUGGCCACUUGUUAUACUACAUAAUAAACGAAUUGCCAAGCUUAUGGAAAAUUCAUCUAAUAGACAUUUUAUUGAAACUUGGAGAGCAAACGGGACACUGUACACUUCACCAAGUGGGUCAAAUGAUGACUGGUAUUGGCUAUAUGCAGCAAUUAGACUAAACUGUUUGCUUGUGACUAAUGAUGAAAUGAGAGAUCACAUAUUCGAGCUUCUAGGAUCAUCCUUUUUCCCGAAGUGGAAGCAACGUCAUCGGGUCAAGUACACCUUUAAUAAAGGAAAAGCGGUGCUUAUGAUGCCACCACCUUAUUCUUCAGAGAUUCAAGAGUCCAAGAUGGGAUCUUGGCACGUGCCGAUGGAAGAGAAGUCCGGUGAUGAGAGAGUUAGGAUUUGGCUUUGUAUUGGUAGGACAGGGCCCUGCAAGGAACCCGAUGAAGCUCCUGUGUCUAACAGAGUUGUCCAGGAAGUGCCUCCAACUGCGGCAUCUAGUGGAGCGCAGCAGAGGCUACCAGAAAAUAAGGCUGAGUCAGUAUCUGGUAAAAGAAAGAAUAGAGAUUGAUCACCUAUCCAGCAGCAGAGGCUACCAGAAAAUAAGGCUGAGUCAGUAUCGGUGAGCAAUUGAGGCUCUCUGUGUUGGAGGGGAUUCGGUAUAGCAGCUCGCGUUUGUUUGCGCUGCGCAUUCCCGCUUGGUGAGCAAUUGAGGCGUGUAGUGUUUCUGUAGUCUGCUUGGUUGCAUCCAUGAUUGGGUUAUAUUUCAGGCUAUUUUUUUUUUCGUACCAAGGAUUUGGCUGCAUCCAUGAUCUUGAUGCCAUUGGAAAACUCAACUUGAUUGUACUCUCACACACUCUCCAGUUAAUGAACAGGUGAAUCGCAUUCCAGAUGCAUGAUAACCUUUCCAGGUGA